AUGCAGACGGCUGUUGGCACGAACAGCGGUGCAGCUUUCCAGCGCACAGCCUUCUCUGGCAAUACUGCGGCCAUGGCAACGCAAAACGUCGCCGAUGUGGGGCAGUUCAAAACAAUGACUCCAGACGCCAUGAAGACACAGCCGGCAGGGGCCUUCACGAAUUAUGAUGCCAUGGCUACUCGUCCUCCACAAAGCUACGGCGGCGGCUGUGGCACGCAGAACUUUGCCGGGUAUGGAGGCUACAGUCAAGGCUAUGCUGGCCAGGGCUACGGAGCAGGUGCACAGGCGACAGGUGCUGCAGGGUCAUAUGGCCAGGGAUGUGGUCAAGCAUACCAAGGUUAUGGAGGUUAUGCAGGUGCCGGAUAUGGUGCACCAGACCAAACAUAUGGCAAUGCCUAUGGCCCCGGAUAUGGUGGAACCGGGUAUGGUGGUGGACAAGGUGGUCAGGGUGGUUGCGGCUACGGCUACGGCCCGUCGGGAUACGGGCAAGGCACAGGUUACGGCUACGAUGCUCGUGGUUACAACGGCUUGCAAGAUGCUGCGGCUGCCACACAGCAGUUGUCCGCGCAACAAGUGUACAACAAGGAUGUGUCCGGAUCCUUUGUACGUGGUGGUGGCAUGUACGGUGGGGCACCCGGCUACAAUGCAUACGCUGGAUAUCCUCCAGGAGCUGGAGGUGGACAGGUGGCAAUGGGCCGGAAGCCACGCGCACGGCGCAGUGUGUGCUGCUGA